AUGGAGAGCCAGAAAUCUUUCGAGAAGGCGCGCGACAGCCCAGUCGUAGUUCGCCAUACUCCCAAGAGGACACAACCAUCGCCAAUGAAGCUCGAAGUUGGCCAGGGCGCGUUCUACUUCUCAAUUGAACUGCCCCCCAACAAGAUCACGCCAAAGAAGAGCGGAACGACAAGCAAGAGCCAGACGCCAAAGGGAGAAGACACGCCCACGAGGACGAGGACGCCUAGCCCGUUGAAGAAGGCGAGCCCAACCAAAGAGAAUGCAGUGAGUACACCCACGCGCAGCCCGCUCAAGCGUGAUGAGACGGCCAAGCAGAGCCCUGCGAGGCCAUUGUUUGGUACGCCGACGCGGGCGAGGAUGCACAAGCAAGAUGCGGAUCCACGAACUCCUGUUCGGACAACGCCCAGUCCGCGAAAGAAUCACAGCACAGUGAAGCAGAGUCCUGCCAAGAUAGCUACUGUCACCCCGAAGAGAAAGGGCUUGCUCAAGACACCUGGAAGUAAUCGACCCGGAAGUCCCAUCAAGCGCUCGAUUGAACAAGACGACUCACCCGUAGAUCCACUCAAGACAUCUGCACGACUCGCGAGGGAACUCUUAUCAGGGCCAGGGGAGACACUCCAAAUGCCACCCGAACGUCUUGCGGACCUGAGAGACGAGCACGCUCCAGCAAACUUGGUCGCGACUGCCACCGACCCGACCCCGCAUCAUGAAUCCACGAGGCAGGCGCCACCAGCGAACAAGUGCCCAGAAAACAUCGGACACCUCAUGGCAAGCCUUAUCAGCAACACUACUAGCACGCGUGACUGGUCAACCGCCUACAACAACGACAUGAUCUCCCCGAUACCGACGCCAUUACGCAAGGCCUCUGAGAAGCUCAAGCUGGGAGAGUCGCCUUCUUUCCUGCGGAUGUCCGCCAAUGGUACGACCACGAUGACCAAUGCAGGCCCUGCUUCCGAUGUCAGCAAGAGAGGGUCUUUGAAUCUACAAGAACCUGCGUCAGUCGACCCGGGACAGGACAAGAGUAACCAGAUUGAGUCGUCGGCUUCUGGAUCAACCGAGGCAGCUCUUCCCUCUUCCAUUACCACAGAUCAUACUGCGGAUGUGUCAAGCGAACCGCGACCUGCUCUUCCGUUACGUGCAGCCAGUCUGGGGUCUUUCAACACCCUGAACGCGACUCGUGAGGUACCAGCCCCACCACAUCGCCCGCUUCUAUUCCCAAAGCGAGGGUCGGAGACCCUUCAGAAAGAGCCGUCGCAGCAAGAACACCAAGUCAGGUGGCAAGAUAUGGAGACUGCUUCUUUAAAGCCCCUGCCUGCAAGCCAUCAGAGGCGGGUGGGGACUGAUCCAAGCGUACUUUUGAAGAUGCAAAAGGAUAUGGCCAAUCUGGAAGCGACGAUGCGCCGCUCGGCAGGCGUUGUCGACCCAGCGUUUUGCGGCCCGCUCAAUCUGAACGAGCUCCCUGCAAUGUCGAACGACUACUUCGUUAGAGGCCAGCAAGAUAUCAGAAGCCCAGGUGUUGUUGGUACACCAAAAACCCUCAGUAGAGCCAACUCCGACAACCCAUCGAUUGCGACCGUACAAGCGAAUGGAGUAAGAGGUACUAGCAACUCACUAGCAUCGUUGAAGGUCUCCGGCACUCCAGGUAUACCACGAUUGAAAUCUAGUGCUCCUACCUCAGCACAAGCAACGAGAGACCGUCUUCUUGCAGCUAAGAAGGAGAACACUCAGCGUACGGGUACGACUAAGACUGCGGUUCCCGAAAGAUCCCGCCCUCGAUCAAAGACCACAGUAUCAGCAACAAGCAAGUCGGGUGCGGUCACUAUCACACCUCGCAAGACCCCAGCGACUCCGGCCAAACCCGUGGCACCUCCAAGCACAACAACACUCAGCUCUCCACACAGCCGCAUACCAUCAGUGAACGCCGCCAAGCCCAGGAUGCGAACACAGUCUGUUCCUCAAGCUGGAUCGAAGCCGCUUGCCAGUGCCUCAGGCCAUAGUAAAGCUGUCGCAGCAUUGAAAGAGCGUUUACCGAACGUACCAACUGCUCCGGUCAACACUAGACCUGUUCCGAUCCGCAAGCCUGUGGUCCCCUCCACUACAGUCACUCAAGUCCCUUCGGCGGGUCCGCGACCGUAUGAACAAGAGUUCGCUAGCGCGGGAGAUAUUGCUGAUCGACUCGCUGGUUGGCACGACGAGGAUCGGAAGAAAGCGCAGAUCAAUCGUCCUACGGUCACAGCCAAGAACACACCAGCGAAGAUACAGGCAGGAGGCCAGGUGAACGAGUCCACUACACCAGACGGCUCACCUGCGAAGAUCCUCACACCCGCCAAGGUACCCGCAUCAACUAGAACUCCAAAAGCCCUCCCUCCUGCCAAAGACGUCAAGCCACGACCACUAUCCAACAAGCCAAGUGCCCCAUCAACGCCCAGAUCUAAGCCUAGCGCGCCGGCUCCCAAUACGCCAGCCCCAAAGACUCCAGGUCCAGCGCUUCGCAACGCCGCUGCCGUCAACAACAACCUCCGCCAACCCAUAACCGCGGCCAAGACCCCAGUGAACCGCCGCAUACCCGUCCUCGACCGCAACGCGACGCGCACACCGAGCAAAGCCAUCGUGAGUAGUCUGGAUCAAGCGAUCGAUAGGAAGAUUGCAGAGGACGCGAGACGUGGGAUGGAGUUUACGCCUGGUGGGAAUCGGCUGAGGGAUUUGCUGGAUGCCAAGUCGAUGAAUGGGGGUGUUGUGCAGGUUUUGGAGGAGGAGGAGGUGGUGUAA